AUAGUGGCCAGAUCAGGCCAUGGUGAACAAGUUGAGAAAAAACUUGUUAGUAGCAUUAGAGAUAAAGAUAAGCGAGUGACAGAGAGAAGAAUAAGAAGAUAGAGAUGAGAACUGUGCAAGAGGAAAACCGAAAGGGUCCAUGGACAGAACAAGAAGACAUGAUUCUGGUAAAUUUCGUACACUUAUUUGGAGAUCGGCGAUGGGAUUUUAUAGCAAAAGUAUCAGGUUUGAACAGAACAGGAAAGAGUUGCAGGCUUAGGUGGGUUAACUACCUUCAUCCUGGUCUCAAACGUGGCAAGAUGACUCCUCAAGAAGAGCGUCUCGUCCUUGAGCUUCACGCUAAAUGGGGAAACAGGUGGUCAAAAAUAGCUCGAAAAUUGCCAGGAAGAACAGACAACGAGAUAAAGAACUACUGGAGGACUCAUAUGAGGAAGAAGACCCAAGCAAAGAAGCGUCCUGUUUCUCCAAGUUCGUCAUAUUCCAACUGCUGCUCUUCCUCUAUGACCACGACCAGUACUCAAGAUGUGUCGUUUCAGUCACGGAUGUCGUCAGGGAAAGUGAGCUUUUACGACACUGGAGGAAAUAGAGAAAUUAAUCAAGAAACCGAAGAAAACGGAUAUUCAAUGGAUGACAUAUGGAAAGAGAUCGAUCACUGUGCAGACAUAAUCAAACCAGUUAAAGAAAUAUAUUCAGAGCAAAGCUAUUGCUUAAGUUACCCAACUCUGGCUUCUCCAUCAUGGGAAAGCUCCUUGGAUUCUAUAUGGACGAUGGAUGCAGAUAAAACUAAGAUGUCUUGCUUUCCCAAUGAUCAGUUUCCUUUCUGUUUCCAACGCACUAGAUCACCAUGGUCACAGGUUAAUUAGGAUUCAAUUCAUUCGCUGAAAAUCUGUUUAUAUAUGUUAUAUAACUGCAGAAUAAAACCUAACGAUUGUUGAUAACACAAAAAAAAAAGAACAUCCUAAGUCUCUGUAAUGAUCUCUCAUGUGUAGUAGUAAUCAGUUGGCCCGGGCUUGCUUCUUUUUAAUAUCUUAGUUUCUGGAGUGAAUGAGAAUAAGUCUUUGUUGUUAUCAACCUUUCUUGUACUUUCAGUGUAUCUCAAACAUGUGGAUGUUAAAAUGCAGGGUUUGGCCCAGUCCAAAUAAUGUAUGAUAUAAAUACAGAUCUAUUGUGAUUCUAAUCCUUUUUAAUUCUUAUACUAGAUUUUCA